AUGAAUGAUCUGAUAUGCGCUCAGAAGGAAUUAUCACUCGACGAAAGUAUGAUUCUCUACAGAGGUCGUUUAUUAUUUAGGCAAUAUAUAAAAAACAAGAAGCACAAAUAUGGGAUGAAGCUGUACAUGCUCACAGAGCCCGAUGGCCUCGUUCUGAGACUGCAUCUGUAUGGAGGCUCCGCCGAUAUAACAUGUGGAAAAGGACACACAGUAAAGGUGGUGCUGCACCUAUUGAAAGAUUUUGUAGAGAAAGGGCAUUCAGUUUAUAUGGACAACUUCUACAAUGGGUAUAAUUUAGCCGCGAAGUUGCUUACUCACAAGACUUACUGA